AUGAUCAAUAAUAUUGAAAACAAAAUUGAAGCGAAUAUCAGCGUAUUAGAUGGUAUAUUAAUGAUUUUUAAAGCUUCGGAAAGAGUAUCAGAGAUUACAAUACGAAAUUGUUUUCGUCACGCUGGUUUCAAUAAUGCAAUACCACAACAAACUGUCCAAGGAGAACAAAAAGAGGACAUAAGGUUCCCAAACAUAAAUGAAUAUGUUAACUUUGAUAAUGAUGUGCUAACUUCAGAACCAUUAAGUGAUCAAGAAAUAAUUUCUUCAUAG